AUGGCGAUCCAUAUGGUGGCGGACCUCUUCUUCAGAGGCCUGGAAAACCUCACUAGUAUCUAUUUUCUCCUGAAACUUGCAGUCGCUCUCGGGGUGGUUGCACUCAUCAAAUGGUAUUCUAUAGGGGCGUCCAAUCCAUCCGAGCGACAGAUGCAUGGGAAGGUGAUAUUGAUCACUGGAGGUACAUCUGGGAUAGGUGCUGCGACAGCUCUUGCCCUGGCGGAGCGUGGUGCACAAAUUGUCCUACUGGUACACCAGUCGCCCACGGAUAUCUUUCUCGUCGACUACAUCGAAGACAUGCGGGAGAAGAGCGGCAACGAGAUGAUUUACGCGGAGCAGGUCGACUUAUCCUCUUUAUACAGCAUCCGAAAGUUUGCUACGAAGUGGAUCGACAAUGCACCUCCUCGAAGACUCGACAUGAUCAUACUCUGCGCCGCAACUUUGACACCACCCGGCAAAUCUCGGAUCCUGACAGACGAAGGGCUUGAGGAAACUUGGGCGGUCAAUUAUCUUGCAAAUUUCCACCUACUCAGCAUACUCAGUCCAGCUAUUCGAUCUCAACCCCCAGACCGCGACGUCAGAAUCAUAUUUGCGAACUGUUCUUCCUACAUGCGGUCACCUGCCGUCGAAGAUGGGAGUGUGGCUAUGAAGAAGAAGGAAUGGUCACCAACACUUGCAUACUCAAGGAGUAAACUGGCACUAACGAUAUUUGGACAAGCAUUCCAAAAGCACUUGGACGCCUAUAAGAGGCCGGAUGGCGCACCAAUGAACGCUCGGGUGAUAUUCGUCGAUCCAGGAUACUGUCGGACUCCAGGAAUGCGAAGAUAUCUGACUCGAGGUACAAUUUGGGGCCUCUUCGCGUAUCUGUUCAUGUGGCAGAACGUAUGGCUGCUCUUGAAAAGCUCACAAGGUGGUGCUCAGAGCUUCCUGUAUGCAUCGAUGGAAGUUACCCUUGGCCGAGGAGCUGGAGGAAAGAUGAUCAAGGAAUGUCAAGAGUUGAAAUAUGCAAGGAGCGACGUGAAGGACGAGAGAGUUGCAAAGAAGUUAUGGGAGGGCAGUGAAAAACUGAUUGAGAGAGUCGAGAGGGAAGAGGCAGUAAGAAGGGCCUUGGAAAAGAAAGAGCAGGAGAAAAGCACCAAGCCGACGAAGGAUAGCGACAAGCCUGAAGCUACAGGAGGCGGCAAUGGUACUAAUCAGCAGAAGUCUCGGAGGCAAAAGAAGUCGAAGAAGUAA